AUGGGUGGAAGCUCAGGUGUAUCGUUCUCGCGCCUGUUUACGCCUUCGAAAUUCUUUUUUCACUUCUUCUUUUGGGGAUUUCAUUGGUUCCUAUUCGGGUUCGGAUGGUACAAACAGGCUGCCGAUGCGCGUCUAGCACCGCUCAACGCCCUACAGUUUUCAGUAUGGGUGUCACGAGGUGCAGGUUUAGUCUUAUCCGUGGACACCAUGGUCAUUGUUAUGCCCAUGUGCAGGAAUAUCCUGCGAUGGCUACGACCCAAGUUUCGCGCUCUACCACUUGACGAGUCCAUGUGGUUCCACCGACAAGUCGCCUACGCCAUGCUUUUCUUUACCAUUCUCCACGUCGCCGCGCAUUACGUCAACUUCUUCAACGUCGAACGUACACAGGUCCGACCUCAAAUCGCUCUCGAAAUCCACUACACCGAAGCUGGUGGUAUCACAGGACACAUCAUGUUGCUAUGCAUGCUUUUGAUCUACACCACGGCCCAUCACAGGAUCCGACAACAAUCGUUUGAGACGUUUUGGUACACGCAUCAUCUGUUUAUCCCGUUCCUGCUCGGCAUGUACACGCACGCAACCAGCUGCUUCGUCCGUGACACUGCGAAACCGUUCUCACCCUUUGACGACGCCAACUUCUGGACGCAUUGCAUUGGUUACGAGGGAUGGCGAUGGGAGCUUGUAGGUGGCGGCUUAUACCUCUUUGACCGUCUCUACCGUGAGAUUCGUUGCAGGCGCGAGACCAAGAUUGUCAAGGUCGUUCGUCACCCAUACGAUGCUGUUGAGAUUCAAUUCACCAAGCCCAGCAUGAAGUACAAGCCUGGACAAUGGCUUUUCCUCAACUGCCCGGAUGUCAGCUACUACCAGUGGCAUCCAUUUACCAUUACCUCGUGCCCCAACGACCCGUACAUUUCGGUUCACGUCCGUCAAGUCGGUGACUUUACCCGCGCGCUUGCUGAUGCUCUCGGUGCUGGUCAAUCGCAAUCGAAGCUUUACGACGAGCUCGACCCCAUGGGUAUGUACGAGAUUGCGCUUCAGUAUGGUCAAAAGAUGCCUGCUCUCCGCAUUGACGGUCCCUACGGAGCCCCCGCAGAGGACGUCUUUGAGAACGAAGUCGCAGUCCUCAUCGGUACCGGUAUCGGUGUCACACCCUGGGCCUCUAUCCUCAAGUCCAUCUACCACCUCCGCCUCAGCCCCAACCCACCCAAGCGUCUCCGCCGUGUCGAAUUCAUCUGGGUCUGCAAAGACACUUCAUCAUUCGAAUGGUUCCAGACGCUGCUCUCUUCGCUCGAAGCCCAGUCUGUAGGCGUCUCAGACGGCGACCAAUUCUUGCGCAUCCACACAUAUCUCACCCAGAAAAUGGACGUCAACACGGCGCAGAACAUUGUCCUCAACUCCGUCGGCACAGACAAGGACCCUCUAACCGAACUCAAAUCGCGCACAAACUUUGGUCGUCCAGACUUCCAGCGCUUAUUCUGCGGCAUGCGCGACGGUAUCCUCGACCGCACCUACAUGAACGGUCUUGAGAGCACGCUCAGGACAGAAGUCGGAGUCUACUUCUGCGGCCCCAACGUAGCGGCCCGAGACAUCAAGAAGGCGUGUAAGCAAGCCGCUUGCCAGGAAGUCAACUUCAAGUUCUGGAAGGAGCAUUUCUAG